AGACUUGAGUAGAUGAUUUGUCAUUUGUUCUCUAAAGUUUUGUCAUCAGUGUGGUCAUCAGCUGAAAUUAUAAAUACUGCAUUUGAAUUUUUUUUACUUUCAUAAAAUCUUCCUUCGAAAGACUAUCAUUAGUUAUUAACUGUUGCUUUAUUAUCUCGCUUCUAAUGGAGACUUAUCAGAUUAUAUAAAUUAUAGUCACUACUUAGUUAAAAUAAUAACAGUACUUUCGUUAAAAUGAUCAAAAUAUUAGCGUUGUUUACCGUUUUUCUUGUGUCUUCUUUUGGCGACAAUACGCUGCAGUAUGCUGCAAUUAUAUUUAGACAUGGUGAUAGGACGCCUGUUGAUACUUACCCAACAGAUCCCUGGCGUAAUCAAUCUUUUUGGCCUGUAAAAUUCGGAGAACUAACUAAUAUUGGUAAAAAACAACAUUAUGCAUUAGGAAAAUGGCUCCGACACCGUUAUGCGAAUUUAAUAUCUGAGGAUUUUGAUCCGACUGAGGUGUAUGUAAGAUCCACAGAUGUUGAUCGUACUCUGAUGUCUGCCCAAGCAAAUCUGGCUGGUCUUUACCCACCUACAAAUAAAUCAACGUGGAAUGAUAACUUGAUGUGGCAGCCGAUACCUGUACACACAACACCAGAACAUGAAGAUGAAUUAUUGGCAAUGAAAAGACACUGUGAUCCUUAUAUCAAGGAAAAAAAUAAAUACUACAAUUCUAAAGCAUUUAAAGAUCGGCUGAGCAAAUAUCAAAGCCUUAUGGACUACCUAACCGCAUACACGGGAAGGAAAGUAAAAACCUAUGAAGAUAUCUCAUCCAUUUACAGUGUGUUAAAAAUAGAAAGUUUGUACAACUUUACAUUGCCAAAAUGGACUAAAACUGUUUACCCUCAUAAAUUGAGGGAACCAGCUUGUUAUGGGUUUUCGAUAGCUACUGGUACAUCCUUAAUGGCGCGUCUUAUGAUUGGGCCGUUACUACAACAAAUUAUGAAAAAUAUGCAAGCCGCUAUUGCCAAUGCGCCCAAUCAUUUAAAAUUCUCCAUAUACAGUGGCCAUGAUUUUACAAUUGGCAAUGUUUUGAAUGGUCUUGGUGUAUUUGAUGGAAACUGCCCGGAAUAUACUUCAACCAUAUUUUUUGAACUUGUUCAGGAUAACUCAUCUAUGGAACACUUUAUUCGUGUUUCAUAUAGAAACAGUAGUGAAAUUGUAGAACCAAUAAUAUUAAAUCUCCCGCAUUGUGACAAACUAUGUCCAGUUAAAAGAUUUAAGAAAUUGUAUGAAAACAUACUUACUGUUAAUUGGGAGAAGGAAUGUAAUGUACAGUAUCCUGGCCUCCUGACAAUUUCAAUCAUCCCUCUGGUCUUUGUGAACUGCAUUCAAUUAAUUGCAAUUAUGAUCUACUUUCAAUUUAACAACAUCUUGCCUUGGGUAGGAUUUUGGUACAGAAGAAUGCCAGUUCAACAGGCCAGCGAAGAAAUACAAGAAAAACAAAUCAUCAUAUAAAAUGAUUUACAUUGAGCUAGUAGUCUAUUUUCUGUCCAUUUUUUGUUAAAUGAACUAAAGAUCUCUUAAUUUAUUGUCGUAAAUACUAAAUAGUAUAAGAUUUUUUUAUUUUAACAUAUCCUAGAAAUUGAUUUCAUGAAAUGAUUUGGAUUUUAAAAAAUAAUAAGUUUGCUCAAUUUUUUGAAAGGAUAUAUGUAUAUCUAUAAGGAUAUCUAUAUCACCUUAAAGAGGUGGGGCAGAAAAACCGAUGAGGCUUGUAAUUUAAUAAUAAUAAUAUUGAUGUUUUCUAUAAUAAUUAAGCAACAGAGGCUCACUCAUUAGUAACAUGACUUAGGGCUGAUUUUAGAAACCUUGAUUAAAACUUAUUCUAAAGAAUAUCCUAUUAAACUGACAUUUUAAAAAUUUGUUCUAUUUGCCUUUCUUUUGAUAUUUUACAGGCAACAUUUUAAUAUCAUCAUACAAUAUUUUAAUGGAUAGAUAAGUUUUAACCGAGGAUUGUAAAACUGGCCUUAAAUGUAGACAACAAUAAAUGAUUCUUAAGACAUUUAUACAUCUUUUUUAAAUGUGAUUUGUAUUUUAAUACAUAUAAAUAUUUCUAUAAUUAAAUAAAGAAAUAAAAAUU